AUGGCGGCGCCGCGGAGGAGAGGGGAGCGGAUCGCGGCCGUGCUCGCCCUGCUGCUGCAUCUCGCGGCGGUGAUCGAAGGGAAGAGCUUCUACGACGUGCUGCAGGUGCCCAAGGGCGCGUCGGAGGAUCAAAUCAAGAGGUCGUACCGCAAGCUCGCGCUCAAGUACCACCCGGAUAAAAACCCUGACAAUGAGGAGGCUACCAAGCGAUUCGCUGAGAUCAAUAAUGCAUAUGAGGUAUUGACGGAUCAGGAGAAGAGGAAGAUAUAUGACCGGUAUGGCGAGGAGGGGCUGAAGCAGUUCCAAGGUGGGGGGAGAGGAGGCGGUGGUGGCGGGAUGAAUAUGCAAGACAUCUUCAGCAGCUUUUUCGGAGGUGGUGGUGGGAUGGAAGAGGAGGAAGAACAAAUCAUAAAAGGUGAUGAUGUGAUUGUUGAACUCGAUGCUUCACUAGAGGACUUGUACAUGGGUGGUUCAUUAAAGGUUUGGAGAGAGAAAAACAUAAUAAAACCAGCGCCAGGAAAGAGGCGAUGCAACUGCAGGAAUGAAGUUUACCAUCGUCAAAUUGGUCCUGGAAUGUAUCAACAAAUGACCGAGCAGGUCUGCGACCAGUGUGCAAAUGUGAAGUAUGUACGAGAUGGUGAAUUUUUGACUGUUGAUAUUGAGAAAGGAAUGCAAGAUGGUCAGGAGGUUUCCUUCUUUGAGGAAGGGGAGCCUAAGAUUGAUGGAGAACCUGGAGACUUGAAGUUUAGGAUUAGGACAGCACCACAUGAACGUUUCAGAAGAGAAGGCAACGACCUGCAUGCAACAGUUACAAUCUCCCUGCUGCAAGCUCUAGUGGGUUUUGAGAAGACCCUCAAGCAUCUUGACAACCAUUUGGUCCAGAUAGGGACCAAGGGUGUCACUAAACCCAAGGAGGUCAGGAAGUUCAAAGGAGAAGGCAUGCCAUUGCACCAAAGUAACAAGAAAGGCGAUCUGUACGUAGCAUUCGAGGUGUUGUUCCCGAAAACCCUGACGGAGGACCAGAAAACCAAGCUGAAGGAUGUUCUUGCAUAACUGUUGAUUUUUCACUCUUAUGCUGCAACCACUUAUUUGAGGUGUACCUCAAGGAAAUUUUCCAGGUAGCUUGCAUAGGAAGCACCAAUACAUGUUACUUUCUUGGUGUGUGUUACAUUUCCUUGGUAAUAUUAGCAGCUCAGUUGUGUUUUAGCUCCUUAUGUUUCAAUGUCCUUAACAGAUUGUAGUAUUAGAAAGUACAUUGACGUGUACCAAAAUAUCUGUACUGCUAAAAUACAGUACAUAGAAUUUGUAGCUUGUAUUCCCCAACUGUGUUUACUGUUCGUCUGCUUCUUAUCUGGGUUAUUUGCUGCGC